UCUAGGUCUCACGCGGCGACCUUGAUCUUGACCUCUGAGGGGUGGAACCAAAUUAUAAAAUGGAUCGCAGCCCUCCCUUCUGAUUCACUUAUCAAGAUGAUCGUCUCUGCACUACAGGCGGGAUUUCUGACGUUUCUUACCGUUACGGCAUUUAUGCGAACUUCGGCACAGUUGUGGAAUAACGGAGAAACAGGCGUGAUGGUCCGAACUCUCUACUUACCUUUGUACAAAGGCAGUCACUCUACACCUUUCCCCGCCUUUAAAAAGUCACGUCCACUUUCCUCGCUUAACUCCCAUUAUCAGCAAACUUCAGUUCCUGACGACAGCUACCAACAAAAUGUUAGAAUCUACGAGCGUGAUAAUCCACAACAGCAAGCAAUUGGAUUCAGUGCUGAAAAUGAAAUGCAAAAAAAUAGCAAUUUACUCCAUAGUCAAGCAUCUUCUGUCGUUAGCUCCCCUCAAAGCAAUUACCAGUAUUUGCCCAAUAAUGCAGGUCAGCAAACGGAGGGAAUUUCUGUGAGUGUGAAUGGUGAAUCUUCUCAACAAACUCAUCAACAGCUUUCAGCAAAUAGUGAAAUGAAUAUGAAAACUUUAGAUAUGCAUUACAGAAAUAGCUCACCUAUUCUGACACAGCGGAAUUUUAUGAACUUUAAUCAUCCUUUACAUCUUAGCCACUCUUCUUCAGUAUACGGAUCGGAAGACAAGCAGGUAAAUAUGUCUGAGCAGCAAGGAGCAACCAAUGUUCAAAAUCUGUACUCCUUCAAAGAUCAAAGAAUUCAGUCACUUCCUAAUAUUUCAGGUUACAAUCUAUCAAAUUAUCCCUCUAAAUUAGCACAGCAACCAUAUCUUGUGCAAAAAAUAUCACCACAACAUUAUGAUAGUCAAUAUAAUGCCCGAACCCAGCAAUCUGUCGGUCCAAUGUUAAUUUCACAACAACAAAGACAACAGGAACAAUUUAUCCAGCAAACAGUUCCACAAUUUAAUGAAAAUCGACAUAACAGCCAAGAACAACCACCAGUACAUCCAACCCAAAUAUCACAACCACAUAUCGUUCAGCAGGCAACUCCAGUUUAUGACAACAAACAUUAUGCUCAAGACCAGCAACCAGUUACUCCAGCACAAUUGUCCCAACAACAGCAUCUCAACCAACAAAUAGAGCAAGCUAGAGUUGGGAAUCGAUACAAUAUUCAAGAGCAGCAGCUUGCAAAUUCGUAUGAGCAACAUUUAAGUCAACCUCAACAAAAAACCAUUCAAUCAGUUUCCUCACCUGCCUUACAGCAAAACCAAUUAAAUUCACAGUCGCAAAUGCCAUAUCAGCAUCAGACGAAAUAUGAAGCUCGUAUACUACCCACACAACAGAAUUUUGGUGCAGGGGUCUGGAAUCAUAAUGCACAACAAAACAUGCAGUCAAACCAGCAAGCACUCUUAACGCAUCAUCAGACUAUUCCAAGUCAGCAAUCGGGGCAAAUCGCACGGAACCAUGCACAGCAGCAACAAAGAGGUUUAAUACAAAGUUAUUCUGCACAAAACUCGCCACAAACUCAACCAGCUGAACAGAACGCUAAAACGAACUUUGGACAAUCCUCAACAUAUUCCACUACUCAGAAACAAUCCGAUGUUUCGAUUCCUUCGUAUUCUGGUAAUGCACAAUCAGAUUACUCUAAUACAUUACCAAACCACGACAGCAUAUCGACACCUAUGUUAACUCAAACUGGUUUGAACGGUAUUCAAGCAAAUGGUGUGGACAAUAAGUACACUAGGCAAAUCUUGCAUCAUGGUCAAUUGCAGCUUCUUCAGAAGGACUACACUGGAGGCCAACAUUUCAAAAUCCAUUCAACUUUACCCUCGCAAGCUCUAGAUCAAACGGAUGAAAAGAAGCCUUCAACUACAUCUUACCCUGAUCCAGCGCAUGAAACCUUCUACCCUGAAAAUAAACAAGUGUACCUCGCACCGCCUCCCGAGUUUGGUGCAGCUGCCUCGUCGUUGCAAAACAUGCAACAAAGAACUUCAAAUUCUGUCAAACCCUCACAGUACAAUUCAAAUUUUUACAGAGAUGCUUAUAACCCUGGGCAACAAAAUGAACAGUUAAGCAUUCAGUCUUCAACGUCUGACAGUAAUUUUGCAUUUCAAGAUGUAGGUGUUAAACCCAUGUAUGGUUACAGUUAUGAAUGAAAACGUAAUGAUUAUUUUAAGAUAGGAAAAUGUUUUGGUCAAUUACUAACACUUUUUAACUACAGGAUUUUAACAUCGGCUGGCCGGUUUCGUCCUAUAUUUAUGAAAAUUUUCACGAAUAUAUGCAGAAUGUUUUAAAAGAAGUCAUAGCUUUUAAGAAAUUGAAACUAAGGAAGAGAUGAAUAAUUUUUGCUCACAGUUUAUUGUAAAAUAAUAACGCUUAAUUUUUCAACGUAAGUGUCAAGUUCAAUAUUCCUGCAUACUGUGAUUUUCUAGACGAAUAAAUUUGAAAUUUAUUUCCUGCUAGAUGUGAGAGAGCACAUUUUGCGUAAAUUUAGAAAUGAUGCCAAUAAUUUUAAUAUAGAUUUUUUGAAUGCAGAUUGGUAAUGGUCAUAAGUAUAUAAUUUUCCAAUAAAAAUUUUUAAGAAAAGCUUACAGAUUUGAAACCUUAAACCAAUUUAUCCAGCUUGCUGGUUUGUAUCAUGAAAAGCCACCAUUUCCAAACCAUGUGACUCAUAAUGACGUCCAAUGCUGAAACUUUGUUACAUAGUUAAGCAAUUAAAAUUAUAGCUAAGUAAUUCCCAAUAUAAAUUGUGUCACUCAAUGUAGCUUUUACAAGGUUUUGAAAAUUCUUUUCCAAAGUUUGUACUCCUUUUUAAAGUCAUCUGUCUUUCACAUUACUUUCCUUACCACAAAGCAUAAUUUUUUUACUUAAAAAUCACUUUCACGGUGAAUUUGAGGUAUAUUUUAUAACCAGCAAGCUGGAUAAAAUGCGAAAAUGUUAAUCAGGAAAAGAAUGUAUGUAAACGUUUGAAAAACUGGAAAAUAUUAUGUAUAUAAGUAUCAUCUAGUGCAACAAGUUACAUGUAUUAAUGUAAUUGUAGACAAGUAAUUUAAUAAACAUAAACAGAAGCAAA